AUAUGUGCACAGGAACUAGUUUUUAUUGGGUCAAUAUUUGGCAACAUUUGUGUGCUGAAAUCAACAGUCGAAUUCUUGAAAAAUGUGGAAAUGGAUUGUGGAUUUGGGGGAUUGGGUAAUUUUGUGGGAACUGGCCACAUGUGUAUUAUUAAAUUAUAAGUUUAAAGCUAAGUUUAACUGAACGAAAAAGCAUAAUAACACUUAUUAGUUGAAUUAAACUAAAAACAAACAAUAAUAAUGGGCUAAUUAUAAUGAAAAAUACAGAAUAUAGAAUAACAAUUUACCAUAAAAUAAGUAUGUGACUGGUAAAGUAUGUAGUUCAUGUCCAUUUUUAAUGAGUUUCUAGUAAUUAGAAGACAAGCAUUUAUUUAAUUAGGUUCCAGUAAUUAUAAAACUGGGACCCACUAAGGUUAUUAUUUGUAUUAUCUCAAUGUGUGUAAAAAACCUUCCACUAGCUAUUAAUAAAGAUCAUUAAAUCGUUCUCGAUUCAAAUCUUUUACAACACUAUUAAUGAAGUUCAUUUGGUGAUUCUCCUCCGCCUUACUUCAUUGACCACAUUCAAGUUUGUUGCCUAAGUCUUUCGUUUGGCCAGCACAUUCUUUUGUCUAACUAGACGCCGAUAUAUGGAUGGCAAGUGCGUGAGUGUGAGUGCUUGGCCAAAAAUAAACAGCCCAAGGACCUCGGCAUGUGUCUAUGGAAACUGUUGCAAUUGUUGUUCAAAUAUAAACAAACGAUAUGUGAGCGCCCAAGUGAGCCGGCUAACGGUAUACAUAUGCAUUUAUAUGUUUGGUGCUUGGUUCGGUGAUUGGUGAUAAAGUACCAAGUGUGGAAACCGGUUGUCGUCAGUUGGCUCAAAACAUUCUACGGGCACGCAAUCCGACUAUCCGUAGAGAAUUAUUGUAAAUAUAUACAUAUAUAAAAAAGGUUAAUAUAAUGCACCGAUGCUAUUGCGGUGGAAUGGGAUUAAGAGAUGUGCCACGCCAGCAGCAGCAGCAGCAGUUACAUGUCCGCCCGCAGCAUCCACGUGGCGAUUUGAUGUCGGUGACCUCAUCCUCCCGACAAAGCCAGCGAGCCACGCAAUUUGUUAAGAGACCCAGCCUCAAGACACCGCCCAGAUUUGGUUUGGGCCACUCCAGCACCGAGCUGGGCAACGACUUUAGUCGCCGGAACUCCGCUGCUACUACGGUGAGUCACUGCUCCAGCUGCAGUUGCAGCAGCUCCACCCAGCAACGACAGCAGAGCAGGGCCAAGGUGUUGCGAUGGGGCUGGGAGCGAACAGGAGGUGUUGACACCAACAGCAGUGGCCGCGCAACAACAGCCAACAACUACGCCUUGUUUACGGACAAUCGACGGCUUUAUGAGCAGAGCGCAUGCGUCGCUAGUCGCCAGACAACCCAAGGUCAGGGUCAGGUUCACAGUGGCAACUCAUCGCCCUCGCCACGCCUAGUUCAGUAUCCAGCCAGGCAAUCUACGGAUGAAUUGCAGCAGUUGCAGGCUCUGCAGCAGUUUCGCCUGAUGAACAUGAGUGAUUGCUUCAGCGAUGGCCGGCAGGAUGAGCUGCGACUGCAGCAGGCCUAUGACCAAUUGAAUACAACCAAUACAGACAAGUGGAACAAGAAUAGGGCCAAUGAGAGCAGGCAGCAGGAGGCGACCUCCAGUUCCAGUAACACCACGACCACACCCUAUGCCCUGCGGCAGAAGUUACUGCAGCUAAGGCUGCAGUCGGAUGAGAGAUGCGGCCGAGGCACUGGCGCCAUGUGUGCUCCCUUGGACAAGAGUUGUGCCUUGAGAUACAAUUAGUUUAAGAUGAAAAUAAGUUAUAUGAAUAGUUAGUAGUAGUAGUAGUAACUUUGUUUAUAAAAUUCGAAUGCAAUAUUAAUAGUAUCUAGAAUUUAAUAAAUAAACAAGAAAGGAAACUAUCUUUAAAAAGCCGAAAUUUGUAUACUCUUGCAGUUUGGAAUAUUAAAAGUAUCAAUUAUCAGGCAUCGAAUCAAAAAUCGAUCAUAACUAAGCCAACAAAGCUACAAAUUUAAUUCCGUUUAAUAGUUUUUUCUAUGUUAACUAAUCUGCAUUAUAAAUGUAGCAUUAGAGGAAAUCAAAAUUUUUGGCCAAUUUUGAAAAUUUUAAUGAUGUAACCCCUUAUCAAAUUUUGAAAAAAAAAAGUUUUCUUUCGGAAACUGCUAGAAAGUUGCGCCGAUUUACGCUGAUACAGAAUAUAUAUGGUUUAUAAGUUCGGAAAUGACUGCUUCUCUAAAUAAAUUCAUAAAUACCCUUCAAGCCAAUCGGAAAUAUUUGAAUUCUUUGAAUAGAUAUUUAUCCAUUUUUUAUAUGAUAAUUUGUUGGACAGAUCAAAGUUUUUAAAUAUCAUAACAUAAUGCCAAAUUCAAUUCGGAAAGCAUUUCUGUGCUAGUGUUUUUUCUGGGGGUAACAACUCUGGGUCUAAAUUUCAUUCUUGAAAAUUUAAAAAAUUU